UGUCAGUGUCACUCAAGCUGCAAGCUCUGGCCUGUUUCUCACCACCCAGUAUUCGUCGCCCUUAUCUACCAGGUCAGACAUUUGCUGGCCAUAGCAACCUCCCCUCUUCCCGCCGCAAUGGCGGACACGCAAUAUCCGGGCGAAAUGCGACUCAGCCAGGAUGGCUACUGCGCCAUGCGCGGCUCCUGUGGUUCUAAGGACUGGUUCGGCAAGCCCCUGCCAUGCCCAUAUGACGGACCUGCUUCGCAGGAUAAUGUCGACCGCGACCUCCUAGUCUCAUUGUGUGGUGCCGAGUAUGCGGACCGACCGACAUGCUGCACGACGACCCAAUUGGAGACCCUGCGCGACAACAUUGGUUUGGCGGAGAACAUCAUAUCCUCCUGUCCCGCAUGCCGCAAUAACUUUCGCCAAUUCUGGUGCACCUUCACAUGCUCACCCAACCAAGCGACCUUCCUCAAUGUCACUUCCACACAGGAGACGCACACCGGGCAAGAAGGUGUCAAGUCGGUAGACUUUCAUGUCUCGGAGCAUUUUGGCAAGGGCUUCUACGACAGCUGCAAAAGCAUACAGAUGGGUGCCACCAAUGGCUACGCGAUGGACCUCAUCGGAGGAGGCGCGAAGAACUACUCCGCGUUCCUCAAGUUCAUGGGAGACGAGAAGGACAUGGGCAGCCCCUUCCAGAUCAACUAUCCGAGCGAACCUCCAGAAGACAUGACCUUUUUCGACGCGACGCCGCGCAAUUGUUACGACAACGACCUCAGCAGCCGCUGCGCUUGCAUUGACUGUCCGGACGUCUGCAAAACUCUCCCCGACAUACCGCCGCCGAGUUCAGGCAUGACAUGUCAUGUAGGCCUCAUCUCGUGCCUGUCCUUCGUCCUCCUCGUCGCAUAUGGGAUUGCUGUUGCAUCCUUCAUCCUGGGCUAUGGUCUGCAGUUGACCAUUCGGAGGCGCAAAUCAUACGAGCGUGUUGCACUGUCCACGGAUGCGGCUUCGGAACACAUCUCCCCUCGCACGCACGCACGAGGUCUUGUCGGCGCGUCGUCCCUCGCACAGUACGUCGACGGAGAAGAGUCUCUGGGCACACAAUCCGACUCACGGAACCUCGGACGUGGCGCGUCGCUGCUGGAUCCCAUCGAAACAGUCCAGCCUAGGCAAUAUCGACUGAACAACCUGCUGCGUCGUUCUUUCUACCGAAUCGGCUUGACCAUGGCAUCCUAUCCUUUCCUGUCGCUCUGCGGCAGCUUCGUCGUCAUUGGUGCCCUUCUUUCCGGUUGGAGUCGGUUCUCCGUCGAGACGGAGCCAGUACGGUUGUGGGUCGCCCCCGACUCGCAGAGCAAGCUGCAGAAGGAGUAUUUCGAUGAACACUUUGGACCAUUCUACCGUCCCGAGCAGAUCUUUGUCACAGCCUUACCAGAGGCCUGGAGCGACGAGCGUACGGAUUUUUCGGCAUCGGCUGCAAACAAGCCGUCGGUCCUGUCCUGGGAGCACUUGAAGUAUUGGCUCGACGUAGAAGCCGACAUUCGGUCGCUGCGCUCCGAACCGAAUGGGUACACACUUGAUGAUGUAUGCUUCAAGCCAGCCGGGCCUGACGGAUACUGUGUGGUUCAGUCCGUCGCCGCAUGGUUUGGAAACGACCUCGACGCGUAUGACGAGGACACAUGGGCGUCGCAUCUCCUUGACUGCGCCAACUCACCAGUUGAGUGUCUACCUGACUUCCAGCAACCCCUUGCACCUCAGUACGUCCUUGGAGGGAUUCCAGACGGUGACGACCCUAAGAAGUACCUGGACUCCGAGGCUCUCGUCGUCACGUUUGUCGUCUCUGACUCGCUGGAUCCGGAGGUACAGGAGAAGGCGAUGGAGUGGGAGCGUGCAUUACGAGACUACCUGCAACGGCUUAGCGAACGGGCAGCCAUGGAGGCAGGGCUCGAAGUCGCGUUCUCCACCGGAGUGUCGUUGGAGGAAGAGAUAAACAAGAGCACGAACACAGACGUGAAGAUUGUGGUCCUCUCGUAUGUUGCUAUGUUCCUGUACGUCUCCCUCACCCUGGGCAGUGGUACCCAGAUGGGUCGCGAAGAAGGCGCCAUCGCAUCCCUCGUCCGCUGGGCCAGGAACCUGCCCAAGUUCUUCAAACACCAAGGGAUUUCAUCCUCCUCGCUCUCGAUCAGCUCCCUGGACGAGCCCACCAUCUUCCCGCGACUUCCCCGCAAGCUCUUCGUUGGUUCCAAGUUCUCGCUCGGGCUCUUCGGUAUCCUGCUCGUCAUCAUCUCGUGCAUGUGCUCUGUCGGACUGUUCUCGUUCUUCGGCGUGAAAGUGACGCUCAUCAUCGCGGAGGUCAUCCCCUUCCUCGUCCUCGCCGUCGGCGUCGACAACGUCUUUAUCCUUGUGCACGAGCUCGACAGGCAGAAUCUCCUUCAUGGCCCGAACGCAGCGGCGGUGACGCAGGGCUUCGGGUACGGUGAUGCGCCUAUGUCGCCGACACAGUCCCAGUCGCGGUCGCAGUUCGAGGGUGGCCGCUCUCGGGAAGAUUCAGUCGAUGCAGUUUCGACGCCGCUGUAUCUGUCUGCAGAAGAACGUGUUGCGAGGACACUUGCUAAGAUGGGGCCGUCCAUCUUGCUGAGCACCAUCACGGAGACACUUGCAUUCGCUUUGGGUGCACUGGUGCCUAUGCCGGCUGUCCGAAACUUCGCGUUGUAUGCUGCAGGUAGCGUGCUCUUCAAUGCACUCAUGCAGGUGACCGUCUUCGUGAGCACGUUGGCUCUGGACUUGAAGCGCGUCGAGGCCAGUCGCGUCGAUUGUUUCCCAUGCGUUAAGCUGCCUACUCGGAUCGCAUUGGAGGAUCCCCCUACUGGCAGCGGCCUCGGCAUGAUCGCACGAUUCAUACGUCGACACUAUGCGCCGUUCAUACUCAAACCUGUGGUGAAAUUUAUAGUGCUGCUGACAUUCCUCGGGAUUUGCUUUGCCUCGAUCAUCUCGAUGCAACACGUCGAGCUCGGCUUUGACCAAAGACUGGCUCUGCCAUCCGAGUCAUACCUGAUUCCCUACUUCGACAGCGUUGACUCCUAUUUGGAGAUUGGACCCCCGGUUUACUUUGUCGUGCACGACGUCGACGUCAAGCAGCGAGAAGGCCAGCAGAACAUUUGUGGUCGCUUUACAACAUGUGACGAUUUCUCCGUUGCUAACAUCCUUGAGGCCGAGCGCAAGCGGUCGCAAUCGUCGUUCAUCGCCGAACCGGCCGCUUCAUGGAUUGAUGACUACUUCAACUGGCUCGAUCCUGGCCACGAAAAGUGCUGCCGGGUGCGCAAACGCAGCCCUGACGUCUUCUGCAGGGACACAGACUCCCCAAGGCUCUGCAAGAUGUGCUACGAGGACCACGACCCAGUAUGGAACAUCACCAUGGAGGGCCUGCCUGAGGGCGACGAGUUCAUGCGGUACGUCCGGCAAUGGCUCGUCUCACCGACAACGGAGGACUGCUCGCUCGCUGGGAAGGCGUCCUUCGGGACCGCGCUCGCGUUGUCGGAGGACGGCGCGGAUGUCGUCGCGUCGCACUUCCGCACAUUCCACACGCCACUCAAGUCCCAGGCGGACUUCAUCAAUUCGUUCGCGGCCGCCCGCCGCAUCGCGGACGACCUCUCCGCGCGCACCGGCAUGUCUGUCUUCCCGUACUCGCUGCACUACGUGUUCUUCGACCAGUACGCGCAUAUCAUCGCGAUCACGGAGCAGAUCCUGGGGCUGGGCUUGGGCGCGGUCCUGCUGGUGACAGCGUUGAUGCUCGGGUCGUGGCGUACGGGGGUCAUUGUCACUGGAGUGGUUGCGCUCACCGUGGUCAGUGUGAUGGGCGUGAUGGGCGUAUGGGGUAUCAUGCUCAACGCGAUCAGUCUGGUAAACCUGGUCAUCUCGCUCGGCAUUGCAGUGGAGUUCUGCGCGCACGUCGCCAGGGCGUUCAUGAGUGCCGGCUCAGGUCUCCCCGUCGACCACCCUGCAGGCCAGAAAGAGCGGGACGAGCGGAUGUGGACCGCUCUCGUCGACGUGGGGCCUUCGGUGCUGUCUGGCAUCACGUUCACGAAGCUCAUCGGGAUGUGCGUCCUCGCAUUGACCCGCUCAAGAUUCCUAGAGAUAUACUACUUCCGCAUGUGGAUCACUCUCAUUAUCUCGGGGGCUCUGCACGGACUGGUCCUGCUGCCCGUUGUACUCAGCUUCGCGGGAGGGCCUGGGUUCCCUCUGCAGGAGGCAGAUGAGGAGUGGAUGUCGCAUGCAAUACGGCAUGACUACGAAUACACGCCCUUCCUUGCGGAUGAUGACUCAAUAACCAGCGACUAAUGCCUAAUACCCGAUUUUUGGACAUGAGAUAGAUUAUCUGUACAUUAGCACACAUGCUGAACGAAUAGUCCCUGGGUACAAGCAACAUUUUUGGGAGUACGAAAGCAAUCUCUC